UUUGUGUAUAUUUGUUUCUUCUAAACAGAAAGAACCAGAAAGCCAAAUGUUACUCCUCGGUGCGAUGUCGCCGUCAGUUCAUGUUCGAUUUUUUUUGUGUAAUCUCUUUGUGCCUUGUUUCUUCAAUGCAGUCACUUGAGUCCAGCCACCUUAAGUCUCACAAAAGAAAAAACACACUCUCAGUUAAAACAGACUGCAAAAAAAAAUAAAAAAUCACGAAACAAGCUAAUCCAGCGAUGGCAAUCGAUUCUGAUGCACGCAUUGAGCUUGUACAGUCGCAGAUAUUUGAUGUCACCUGUUAUUUGGGAGGGGAGGGGAUUUUCCGACCAUCUGUAAAUAACUAUAUUGCAAACUUGCUGAGUAGCUCACGGGGAGUUUUAGAUGGAGGGGGGAGAACAUGAUGACAUACGAGAAGGGAUUUUUUUGGUCAACCAUUCGUCAAGUGGUCUUGUGCUCAUCACAGCUGCCUUUGUCGCAUGCUUAGAAAAGAAAUUGUUUAGUAAGAUGUUUUUGUGUGUGUGUUUUGGUGGUGGUGUGACUUGAUAGUUUGUGUCCUGAGGAAGAAAAAAAAAAGCCAUGAUUCCUUUAAAAAACAAAAAAAAACUGCACAGGUGGUUUUUGUGUUAAUACUUGUUUAUAGGGAAAAUAUGUGUUUACACUUGUAACUGAAAGUCUAGAUUCAUGCAUAUAUAAAUAAAUGCAUAUAUCAUUCAUUUAUUAUUUUUUUUAGGAGGGGUCAUUUUGAAUUCCUGCCUCUAGCUUACUCGUGAUGAUGGAAUUUAGAUGGAUGAAUCACCUAAAUGAAGAUACAAAGUCCAAGCUGCUAGAAUCCCCGCUCACACUGUCCUCAACAAAACAUUGUAUGCGAUACUGGAACUCUCCUCUUUGUGAAAAGCUUUUAACAAUCCGGUGCUGAUUCAGGGAUGCUGUCAGUGCACACGGAGAGUCGGCGUGGAAGGACGUGCAGUAAACAAGCAGAAGAGUCAACAAGGAGGACCGAGAAGAAGUCCAUCAGCACUUGCAUGAGUCCAAUCCUGCCACACCUGUCAGAGCUCGCUUCCCAUUUCAUCCACUCCUUGACCCCUUUCCUCUCCGGAACCAUGCACCCUCAGCGUCCUCUUCCCCAAGCCAUGCCUGCUUCUCCAUCAUCCUCCUCACUGGGACAGCAGCUGAGAAACAUGGCCAUGGGUCUCGGGCGCGGAAAGAAUUUGCUAGGUGGGAACGCAGCCUAUGGCUUUGUGCAGUCGCUGAAGGAGUGCCUCUACUUCCUGCUCUGCUGUUGGUGCAUUAAGGAGAUACUGGACUAGAAACAAGUUGAUGGAGUCAACACCAUUUGGAGUGAUUUUUGUCUUUUGAUAUUUAAACAGAGAGAGGAUGCUUAAAAAAAAACAAAGGUUGCUGGUUUUCACUGGACUGAUGUGAAGCUCAUAAUUGUGACAGCACGGGACGUGACGUCAUAAUAAACGACUCAAUAGAAUCAU